AUGAAAUGUAGGAAUGUGUAUACUCGGAAUGCUGUGAUUAGGGGGUUGGCGUUAGCGAAAAGCGGGGAAGAGGCAUUGCGAUGGUUCUUGAUAAUGGAGCGCGAAAAUGUCAAGCCUGAUGAAGUCACUUUACUAGCCGUGCUUUGUGCCUGUGCGUAUUCCGGGAUGGUUGAACAAGGUAGAGAAAUCUUUUCGUCGUUGAUGAGUGGGAAGUAUGGAUUUCCACCUGGUGCGGAACACUACGCGUGUAUGGUGGAUUUGUUAGCGCGUUGUGGGCAUUUAGAGGACACGUUAAGUAUGAUCAAAGAGAUGCCUGGGGAACCUACGAAGAGCGUUUGGGGUGCAUUGCUUGCCGGCUGCAGGCUUCAUGGGAAUCGAGAGUUGAGCGAGUUUGCAGCUUGGAAACUUAUAGCAUUGGCACCGAGAAACUCGGCCUAUUACGUCGUGUUGGCUAAUCUAUACGGUGAAAUGGGAAGGUGGAACGAUGCGGAGAAAAUUCGAACAUUGAUGAAAGAGAGGGGAUUGUUAAAGGACUUGGGUAGUAGUUCAGUUGAACUUGAGGAUCAAAAGGAUCUACUAGAGUUGUUAAGGUGA